AUGCCAAUUGCUAAUGGCGACGUUACAUCUGAAGGCGAUUCACAUGCGUCUCUUAAUCUGAAAGUCGCUUCUCCAGAUGAUGGUGACGUGUAUUUCAGAAUUAAGAACACCACAAAACUGAAGAAGCUGAUGCAAGCUUACUGUGAUCGUCAGUCGUUGGAUCGCAAUUCCGUCGUCUUCACCUUUAACGGUCGACGCCUUGGAGGAGACCAAACUUCACAACAGGUUUUGUAA